AUGACAGAAAUGGAUGCAACACUUUCCACCCCCUGCAAUAUCCAGAUAUGUGAGGUGAGCUGUGAUUCCUUCCGCAUCAUGUGGGACAUGACCCCUGAGGACACUGCCAGAGCCACACACUUCUUCAUCGACCUGAGCCGCAAAGAGAGCAGGGACCCCAACCGCUUUAAACACAGGGAUGUGCCAACCAAGCUAGUGGCUAAGGCUGUGCCACUUCCCAUGGCAGUGAGGGGGCACUGGUUCCUCAGUCCUCGGACGGAAUACUGUGUUGCUGUCCAAACUGCGGUCCGCCAGCCAGAUGGGGAUUACUUGGUGUCGGAGUGGAGCCAGGUGGUGGAGUUUUGCACAGGGGACUAUGCCAUGGAACACCUACAGCAGCUUCUUGACAAGGCCAAGGGCUCUGCAGGGAGGCUGCUGAAAUUCUCCCUGUUUUAUCGCAACCAGCACCCAGAAUACUUUGACAAUGCCAGGUCAGAAUGGGGAGGACUGAUGCGCCCAGCUCUAAAGGACAACAGUGGGAGUCAUGGUUCUCCUAUCAACGGUAAAUUGCAUGGAGUCUUCUUCAGCUGCAACACAGAGUUUGAUACAGGCCUCCCUCCCAAAGACUCCCCAUACGGUCCUCUGCGGUUCCACAUCCCAGCUGGGCACAUGCUGAACCCCAACAUCUCCCUAUAUUUUGCAGACUUCUACUGUAUGUACACAGCCUACCACUAUGUGGUGCUGGUGCUGGCCCCUGUUGGCUCAGAGGGAGACAACUUCUGUCGCACCCGCCUCCCUAUGUUGGACUUGGCCUCCAACCCCUUCCUGACAUACACCGCCCCUCAGGGGCCAGGGGAGGAGCCCCUGUACUGCCAUGCAAGUGAUGUCAUCCUUGAGGUGCUUUUCACAGAGCCGGUCCCUUUAGAUCAGGGCCCUGUGGAGCAGAUCAGCGGGCACCACCAGCUUAUGAGUCUGACCACAGCCAAUGCCAAGAAAGACCCAAGCUGCAAAGUGUGCAACAUCAGUGUGGGCCGCUGA